CAUUUAUUAGUGAUGAUAUCAUCUCGACAACUGUUACGUUGAUUUUGGCUGCGCAUUUUCCAGACAGGUUGUUGCCAUGCAGAAUAGCGGAGAUCAAAUCAUCUGUCUCGUAACUGAGCAGACCAGACGACGUCGUCCAAUCCGAAUAAUCUCCGUCAGAAAAAUAUUUGGCCUCAGCGAAUGGAAUGGGGCCAGAUUUGGGUAUCUGGGCAGAUUGGCGCCCGCCCUCCAAUGGCAAUGGACGUGCGCUUUGUAGUCAGGCAGACAUAACAGAGUCGUCCAAUCACAAAAAAAUCUCAAGGGCUUUUUUGCUGUAUCUUGGCUCAGAUGGUGCUCCCGAGCACUGCGUAGUCGGGGGUUCACAUGUUGGAGGAGCAGCACCGGUGCCAGCCUGGCGGCGGCGAGGAAAGCAACUCGGAUGCGCCAGACGGCGACACCGAGCCCAGCAUGCUGUUGCAAAAGCUCAAGACAAACAUCUCGAAGAGUGUUCAAACCAAAGUGGACCAGAUUCUGCAAGAUGUUCAACGCUUCUCGGACAACGACAAGCUGUACCUGUACCUCCAGCUGCCGUCGGGCCUCGGCGCCGGCGACAAGAGCGGCGGAGGGGACAGUUUGUUCAACACGUCUGAACAACUUCACACCUGCAACUGGAUCCGCAGCCACCUUGAGGAGCAUUCCGACACGUGUCUGCCCAAGCAGGAUGUCUACGAAACUUACAAGCGCUACUGCGAGAACCUGCAGCAUCGUCCGUUGAGCGCCGCCAACUUUGGGAAAAUCAUCCGAGACAUUUUCCCCAACAUUAAAGCCCGACGGCUCGGAGGCCGAGGCCAGUCCAAAUACUGCUACAGCGGAAUCCGGAGGAAGACUGUCCUUAACAUGCCCCUGCUGCCCAACCUCGACCUCAAGAGCGACCCGGCCGAGUUGACGGAGUUGGUGCAGACGUAUAAGCAAGAAGUGACGGAGGCGGCGUGCGAGCUGAUCUGCGAUUGGGCACAGAAGAUCCUGAAGCGUUCCUUCGACACCGUGGUGGAGAUUGCUCGCUACCUCAUCCAGGAGCACAUCGUCAACCCGCGAUGCAGUCAAGCCGAGCUGGUGGCGUCGGCAGCUCUAGCAGGAGGUCCCGCCAAGCCUCACAAGGUCAUCAAGAAAACUCCCCUGUCCAAAUGCGAGGGUGACGCCCCCGCGGACUCCAAGAAGGACUCUGUGGAAGCCACCUCCUCGUCCGCGUCGAAGCUGCUGGCCGCCGACAAGGCAGCGCCCUCGGCCAAGCCUCUGUCAGUGGAGACUCCGCCCUCCCCCGCCGUCUCCUCCCUGCGGCCUGCGGUGGAGGCGUACAUGAAGCAGCUUCCCCGAAUCCUCCCUCGCAGCUCCGUCCCAGACAAGACGCCAUUGUCGGUGCGUUCGUCGCCGCCCUCGCUGGCACCCAAAGACACUUCAGUCGCGGGUGGCGCUUCUGGGACGGGCGGACCAGCAGCAGCGGCGGCGAGUGGCGGCGGUGGCGUGAAGGUGAUCGCUAUGGCGACGUUGCCCCAGCAGCAGGGCGGCCCACUGCCUCUCAUGAUCGUUCCUCAGGGCUGUUUGUCCUACGAGCGAGAGAAAGCAACACCGCCUGCGUCCGUGCUCCACAAAGCACGAGAGGGCGCCGCCAAGCGCCCCCCAGAGGCCACGACCGGCGCUUUGGCCGCCCCUCCGGUCAAACGGAAACGAGGGAGACCGAGGAAACCUCGCCCGGAGGACGCCUCGCCCCCUCCCGCUGCGCCGCCUCAGCCGCCGCCCCCGGUGGCACCGCACGGCCCCGUAAUCACAUCGGUGACGGGCGGCGUCAUCCAGAAGGCAUCGUCGUCUACAUCAGCCUCACAGUCGGUGCUGGAGCUGGUGAUCCGCGAGCCGCCGGGUCUGCUUCUGAGCGCGCUGCCCGCGCCGCCCCCCGCCGCCGCCCAACGGGGCCAGCCAGGAGGCGGCUGCCUGCCGGAGCCCGACUGCCACACCCGGCCACUGCUGCUCUUCCAGAGCGCGGGAAACGCUGGCUGGGAGCUGGCGGCAUCUGGUCGCACGCCCAUGGUGGAAGUCAUCCAGAAGGCACCCAGACCCGGCAACAACAACAACAACAACAACAAAAACAACAGCAACCUUCCGCUGGCUCCUCCCAGAAUGCAGCGUGAGUGCGGCCAAGUGGAACUCAAGCUCAGGCCGGUGGACAGCAACUCGGCGUCAUCCUCUUCUUCGCCUUCUGUGGCCAGAAAGGAGGAGGAGCCGGCGCACAGCCCCUAGAAGCCACCUCCCCUUUUACCUCAAAGCCCCGCCCCCUCACCCUACUUCCAGAUUUGGCCACAUGGGUGACCAAUCGGGGGAUGAAUGAAGCCUCGCCCUCAUUGCACUCAACCUACACUGUGGUUCCUCCCUCCAUCCGUCCGUCUGUCGGACACACCCCCUCCAGAGCCCAAACAGGAAGUGGUGGUCCGGAGGGACCGACAGGAAGUUGACUUUCUACGGGUCAGAACCUGUUCCAGAUUCUUUGUACUGACCUCUACGCUUUUGUGCGCUUUGUCGUUCUUUUUGCUCCCACCGGUGUCUUCCACGCACGCCCGUGUGCGUGCGUGUGUGUACACGUGUGUCUCCGUACGUGUGCGUGCAUGUUUGUGAGUUUGUUUCCCUGUGUGUUUGUGUGUGCAUGUUUGUGGAAGUGUAUUUUCAUGUCUGAGUGUGUUUUAGGGUCUCUGUGAGAAUGCGCGUGUGCGUGCACAUCACGACGCUCUCGUCAUUUAAAGCGAGCCAUCGCAUGACCCGCAGCCGUCCAGCCUGGUGGUCUCUCGAACUGCUGACAUCUGGCGGGCGCGACGACGUCGUCGGCGAGCGUAUCAUUGGCGAUGAUGUCAUCGUCCACAACGGUGAGCACAAUGUUGAGCAAAAUGUUCACAUGCAGUAAAUUAUCUUGUUAGCGCGUUAGCUCACACAUUUGUUUGCACUAACCCCACAUUUAUGGCACGUGAUGAUGAUUAUUCAUCGUAAUAGUGAGCGUUGAGAGGGGAUUUUCUGAAAAAUGUCACGUGACGACAAAAGACGGUCUGGGGUUUCCACUGCAACGGUUGGGAGGUGGGAAGCGGAAAUUCUUUUUGGGAAGACGAGACGGACGUGAGAAGUCGAUGGGGACGUCGACGACGCAAAGAUCGGUAAUCGGGUAGCGUGUGGAUCGACCGUGCACACGCGCCAUCUUGCACUUUCAGGCAGGAAGUAGAAAGGGGAGUCGAUGUCACGUGCGUGGUGUUAUCUUUUGACUGUUGCAGCGAGCGUUUCGAGUGUACGGGAUGCUGCGCUGAGGCAUUGUUGGUAAUCUAGUUCUGCCAGAAGCUAUUUUUUCUAAAUGCUUUUUUUGUUUGUGUGCUGCUAUAAUGUGUCCCGCAUGGAUUACCUGUGAGGUUGUUUUUUUUUUUUUUUUUUUUUUGUAUUCGUGUUGUUUCCCUUUUGCACUUUAUACUUGUUCUUUAUUCUCGACGUGUUCUUUGAACCUUUGGUUGAUGGCAUGAAGCCGACCAAGUCGGUUGCAACUGUCAAAAAGAAAAACAAGAUGCCACUCAUGAGUGAAAUGCACCUUUUGCUUUCCUGGCGUGUCUUCGUCUUUCUUCAUUUCUUUGUUGGACGUGAAGAGAACGUGGAAGUGGCGGAUCUAUUUUCCUAAGCGGACUGAUCCAAUUAAAAAAAACCUAAACAUGUCACAUGUUCACAGCCUGAA